AGCCUGGCUCCAUCCUCUUGGCACUCCCCCCGUAGAUAUUUAUACACAUUGAUAAGGUCCCCUUUGAGUCAUCUCUUCAACUCUUCCUUCCCCAACCCCAUGAUUUGGCUGCACUGCUGCUGCCCCUCGCUUCCCGGGUGCUUGCGACUCUGGCCGUGCCUGGAGGAGUUCACCAUUUAAGCACAUGAGACGGGCAGAUUAUCUGCUGUCCCCUCUCCUUUAUUCCUCCAGCAAUGAGAGCUGACAGGACAGCCACCAGCAGCAGCCUGUGGCUCCGCAUGUCCCCAGGGCCAGCUGUCAGCCACAACGCCCUGCUGCCAGGCUCUCCUCAUCACCACUGCGCAGAGCAGGGUUUUUUCUUAGAAUAUUUCCUAAUGGCUUUUUCACUUGAGUCCAUCCCAUGGGUCUGAGAAAUGUGGCAAGAGGCAGUUUUGGAAGCUGUCCCUUCAUGUGGCAGACUCCUGCCCUUUCCCAGCCAUUUAUGGCUGGGAGGAGCCCAGAGCUUGUGCAAGCAGAGGCAGUGGUGCAUUUUUUUCGUGGCAUUUUUUCAAGCUUUUUUUUUUUAUGGGUAGGGGGACACAUGGAGGUGCAUGCAGCCCUGGGCCUGGAAAACAAUCCAGGUCCAUUUCUGUGCCUCUGGUUGCAGGAGCAGACACUUCCCUGGCUGUUCCCAGCCGCUCCUCCUGGCUGAUCCCAGGCAGUUUUAUACUCUGUGGCAUGGCCUGACCCAUGAGGUGCAAGGGAUGACUCCAGGGACCAGUUUUCUUUUUCUGGAAGAACAUAGCAAACUGACUGUAUUUUCUGAAGGUCAGGGCUUUUCUGCUUUCCUGCCAAUGCCUAGAGCUAAUCUGAAAGUGGAACUGAUGUUUUAAAACCUCCUUAAGACUAAUUUCCCUCAUUUAUUUAGUUUUAUAAAUAGAGACUUUUGCCCUUAAGAAUUUGAUGACUCCUUUCCAGUGAAAACUCCUGAAAAUGAAAGGCCCCAUAGAAUUCAACGUGUUUUGGCAAGAAUUGCUCAUUUUGUAGGAAAAAAAAAAUCGCUUUCAUCUUCUAGAUAAUUCUGCCAUUUAAGGACUGUGCUCCUCCAGUGCCACUCUGGCAUUUCUACAGCUAUAUAUGGAGUCUCUUUGGUGCUUGCUUGUGUUAUCCUCGGAGCCAAGUAAAGGUCAGGCCAGGAAGCCUUUGAUUGUAAAUCUCCCCAGGCCACCUUGAUGCCCUUCCUGAAUGCAAUGAAUGGGGGAGCAAGGCAAGGUUUCUGUUGUACAGGCUGUGGGAGCCGACUGCUACAGGAAUUCUUCUGAAGAAGACACACCUUAUCCCAGAAAACUGAGUGUUUCUAGCAGAACUGUACAGUGUGAGAUCCCUGCAGAAUCCUCAGUGGAAACCAAUUAUCCUGGUGUUACUGGGGACAUCACCAUGCCUUUUCUGCUCUGCUUGAAAAAAAAUAAGUCACCUGUGCCUUUAGGCAGGAGUAUCUUUCAAAAACACACACCUCCCAUCCAGCAGAACUACCAGGCUUUGCUGGAGUCGUGCUUGAAGAACAAAUGCCUGUUCACAGAUGACAACUUCCCUGCUCAUAUCAGCUCUAUUGGAACAGGACCACUGCUAAAAAAACUACCCCGAAAUUUACAGUGGAAGAGGCCACACGCUUUGCACAAAAGUCCAGUAUUUUAUGCUGCAAACAGAAAGCAACUUGAUCUCUGCCAAGGAUUGGUGGAGAACUGCUGGUUCCUGGCGGCCCUGGAAGCCCUGACGUUCCACCAGGACAUCUUGGCUGCAGUCGUGCCACAAAACCAGAGCUUUGAGAGGAAAUAUGCUGGCAUUUUCCACUUCCGGUUCUGGCACUUCGGAGAAUGGGUUGACGUGGUGGUUGAUGAUCUCCUGCCGGUGAACGAGGCGGGGGAGCUGGUCUUUGUUUCCUCAGUCUAUAAGAACGUGUUCUGGGGAGCCCUUCUGGAGAAGGCAUAUGCUAAACUUUAUGGCUCCUAUGAAGAUCUGCAGAUUGGGCAAGUUUCAGAAGCCUUGGUGGAUUUUACAGGAGGUGUUAAUACAAGGAUCAAGCUUGCAGAAGCUCCUCCUGAUCUGUGGGAUACCUUGACAAGAGCCACCUACAGCAGAUCUCUCAUGGGCUGUCAAACACACUUAGGGACAACAAAGGUCCUGAAGAAUGGGCUUGUUGCUGGCCAUGCCUACACAGUAACUGGUAUUAGAAAGGUGACCUGUCAAUAUGGACCAGAAAACCUAGUGAGACUGAGAAACCCAUGGGGGAAAAUUGAAUGGAAAGGAGACUGGAGUGACAGCUCUUACAAGUGGGAGCUGCUGAGCCCGAAGGAGAAGAUUUUGCUGAGGAAAAAGAAGGAGGAUGGAGAAUUCUGGAUGUCUCUGCGAGAUUUUAAGAUUCAUUUUGUAGAUCUGAUGAUCUGUAAACUAACUCCAGACCUGAUGAGCCAGGAAGAUGGGAAAAAGUGGAUGUAUUCCCUGAAGAGUGGGAGAUGGGUUAAAGGAAGUACAGCAGGAGGAAGUCUGGGAUUCUGUAAUGGCAACUUUUGGAUGAACCCUCAGUACUGGCUGAAUGUUUUACCAGUUGAAGACAGUAAGAAAAGCCUGAAUUCAUGCAAUGUGGUUAUAUCCCUGAUGCAGAAACACAGCAGCAAACACCGGAACCGAGCUCCUCACCUUUUCAUUGGAUUUUUACUCUACAAGGUGGACCUACAGUACCAGGAAAGCAACAGAAAACUGCCCCCAGCUUUCUUCACCCGUCAUCAGCCUGUGAACAAGCACCAGGUUUUCCUUGAUGAGCGGGAAGUGACUCAUGACUUCCAUCUGGAGCCUGGUGUCUAUGUGAUUGUCCCAUCCACCCUGGAGCCUCAGCAAGAGUCUGAAUUCAUCCUGCGGGUCUUCUCCAGGAAACAUGUUCUUCGGGAAAUGGGCGGGAACACAAGUUUCAUCCUCUCUAAGGAAAUUGUUGAUAGGUAUGAAGGCAAGAUUUGGGAGGAUUUCUUCACAAGGCAUUUUGAACAGAAUCCUGAAAUAAAUGCUGUUCAGCUCCAGAAGAUCUUGAAUAAUAUAUCUUGGAGAAACUUCCAGAGUUUUCGCCUGAAUUUCAGUUUGGAUUCCUGCCAGGGUAUCUUGGCACUCCUGGAUCUGAAUGCCACUGGCACACUGAGUAUCCAGGAAUUCAGAGUCCUGUGGAAAAGGCUGCUUUUCUAUUUGGAAGUUUUCCAGAAAGGAGACACAAGCAGAUCAGGAAAGCUUGGCCUUGUGGAACUGCAUGCAGCUGUACAGGAGACAGGCAUUUCACUCAGCAAUGAAGUCUGUAAUUUGAUGGCAAUCAGAUAUGGUGACCCUGACUUACAGAUCAGCUUUGAGAGCUUUGUUUGCUUCAUGCUUCGAGUGGAGAUCAUGGGAGAGGCAUUUCGCAACUUAACACAAGAUGGCAAAGGGAUAUAUCUCCGGGAAUCUGAGUGGAUGAUGAUGACACUUUAUUCCUGAAGCAGUGCUGUAGAGAACAGGACAACCAGACCUGCAGCAGGAUGUGGAAGUCUGCCUUGUUUCAACUUUCUGUGCACACUGGACUCUUUGGGUUCAGCCCUUUGAUUUACCUCAUAUGAAAAGCCUUCUCCUCAAGCAGACUUGACCUAAUAACCACAGACUUGGUGAACUGAAGUUUUACUACUAAAUGGAUUUAUUUUAAGUCCUAUUUCACUUCAGACAACCCUUCUGAGAAGAGACUGCUGGAUGCCAACCACUACAAGCGCACAGUGUCACACCAUGGAGCUCGGUGGCUGAGUUGUUGGGGUCACCUACUUCAUGCUGAUGUUGUGCUGCUGUUGUUAUAGGUAUACAUUGUGGCAGUGCCCAGAGGCUGUGCUUGGGAAUGGGGCUCUUGAGCCUGGGAGAGAAAUAGCCCCCAACCCUGAGUAGUUUGUCACCUAGUAGAGGGAAUCCCAGUUCUGUAGCUGCUGCCCAAGGUAGAGGACAGGAGUCUGCGUGCUUGUGGGAAAGAAGGGAUGCGGGACUCUGAAUGAGCACUCUGCCCUAGCCCUGACUCGAAAAGGUGAUUUGCAAAUGUUCAAGCCAUCUCUUUUGCUUUUAUAAGCCAACAUAGACAUAUUGAAGUGAACCUAAGUUGAUUUGACCAAGAGAUGAGCUGGGCCUCAAGCUGUUUGUUGUGUGAUGAUAGCAUAUUUAUUUCAGAAAGGCAGUGGGUUUUCUCUGCAGAUUGAAAAGUACGGUGCAGUGAAAAGUAAACUGAUCCCAUAUUGUUUUUAAGUCACUGGAGAUUGGCAGGGAAUGGAUGUUCUCAGUAGCAUGAUACAGGAGCUGUCUGGUAAAAAAUUUGGAUAUUUGUCAGUUACUUUUUAUAAAAGACGAGAGUGUGUAUGUGUACGUACUUUUAAAUGAUGUAGGCAAAUGUAGGUUGUAGCUAAUUAGUGAAAACUUGGUGCGUAGCUGUGAACAGCAUUAGAGAACAUGUUAUAAGUGAGACUGUUCACGUCAAAAUCCAUGAGAGAGUUACUUGAUGCAUCUAUCUGUAGGAUCCUUUUUCACCUUCUUGCCACUCAUUUAUUUGGGCUGGAAAUUUCCAAGCUAAGUGCCUGUUACAGGUUACUUCUUUGAUUUUUUUUUUUUUUUAAUGUUUUUUUUCCCAUUCCUGCAGACAGCACAUUUGUGACUCUUUUCCAGUGCACAGCCUAGUCAGGGCACCAAAUGAAACCGAGCUCCAAUGGGAAUGAACAUAUAAUGAAAGACCAUACUCUAAUGCCUUUGUAGGAAGGAGUUAUAUUAAGCUUGUAUAGGCAGCCUUCCCUCUGGCUUUUUGUGACUUUUCUGUGACUUCAUCUCAUAAACAUCCUUUUAGAGUGCGUGUGAGAUUCAAGAAUGAGGUGGACUGUGGAUAAGAAAGUAAACAUGAGCAAAAGACUGAGUUCAGGUGUGUGCUUACCGCUGCAUUGAAGCCUGUGCAAUAGCAUGAGCAUAUUUAGAGAGGAACCCCACCACGUUUAAGUGUUCCCAGUCAGGAAGCAUUAAACAGUAAAAACAACAGCGUGCACUUUAUUCCCCAGAACAGUCUGUUUCUAAACAGUAUCAUUUUCGUACUGUUUUUAUGAGAAAACUGUUCAUACCAGAUAAAUAGGGAGCUGUGUUGGUACUUGUUUAUUACAGAUGAUAUAUCUAUCAUCUAUUGUGAGUGACCUGCUGCGGUGUCACUGGAGCCACAGGGUUCAGAUCUGUGAAGCAGAGCAGGUUAGAGGGAGCAGGGAUAUCCAGGGCCCCUCGAGCAGCAGUGUCACAGGGCUGCCAUCCUGCUGGGCUCCUGAGGAGGCAGCAGCGUCACAGGGCUGCUGUCCUGCUGGGCUGCUGAAGAAGCAGCAGUGUCACAGGGCUGCUGUCCUGCUGGGCUCCCGAAGAGGCUCCGUCAGCAGCUCCCCUGACAAAGCACGUGCCCUUUCCCAAAUGCCAUGCCUCUGCUUCCUUUUGUGACUUGCAGCUGAACAUGAUGGUACAAACUAAAUUACCCUGAUUUAAUUUGCACUCAACUCAGCAGGGGAUGUUAUAAACACUGAUUUACUGUGUGCAGGAGUAGCACUGGAACAGCCGAAAAGGUUGAUUAGGAGAGCGUAGGUCCCGCUUUUCCAGCGCGCUCUGAAAAAGAUGAUCCCUGGCACCCACGGGGAUGGGCAGGGAGGUCUGUGUGAGUGCAGAGUGUUCUCAGCAGGGCUCUGUUGGACAUGAUGGGAUGGGAAUCUGUCGGCCCCGACUGGGUUUGUUGCACAAUGUGUGUAAUCAGCUGACCAAGAAUCAUUUAAGGCUGGACGUAGCUCUGCCAUGGGCUGUGCGCAAAACUGUGGUGCAGGACACCCAGUCUCAAACUGCAGUUCAUUUUAAUGUACACAUUGUUUUUUCUAUCAGAUUUUGUACUUAUUUACUUCACAUCUCUUUAAUGCAGAGCAAUGUAAUUGCAGGGAGAUUAUUUUGCUAUUGAUUACUUGAUCCAGGAAAGAAACAGAAUUCAUCCAUGCCAUGAAUCACUAAGCAUUUGCAGCAAUAAACUUUAUUGAGCCAUGUGACUUGCUGUUACAGAAUUGUAAAGAAUGCUUUACUGGAAUGAUUAUACCAAACCGUGUACAAUUCAAACUGAAUUAUCUGGCUCACAAUAAAAUGUUUUUGGC